AGCAAGGUCUAGAAUUCCAUGAGACACGGAGUCCCACUAGAGUUCCCGUUUCUGCCACCUAUUUCAAGAUUGGAGUGGGUUAGAAAAAUACAGGUCAGAUCAUGCUCAUGGGGGUGUUGCCAUUUUUGUUUUGGAUGAUCUUAGAAGUUCUUUUAUCCCUGUCGAUCUGAAGCCUUAUACCACCGAGCUGUCAUUGGAAUGCUGUGCUGUAGAAUUAGUAACAAACAAAGCAAUAUUCAUAACAUUAUAUCGAACAGCUGCCUGUUUCAUAAAGUCGUGCAUGAAGACGUACAAAAGUUCUUUAUUAGGCACUACACGCUGAGGAAAUCUUUCAUGAUAAAUGCGCCUUGCAGAAUUAGAAUUUCCAUGAGCCAUUCCAUAACAGAAUGCAUAUCUGUCCUUUCACUAUUAAUAAAUUAUAUAAUAUAUAAUUAA